AUGUAAAAAGCAUUUAAUAUUCCACAGUAAUAAAUUGUAUCAAACUCGAACCAAACUUCUACAAAUAGAUCUUAACGAUCUCACUCUCCAAAUCAGAGGAUCGUAUCAAAUUUCAGAGAUUCAAGUCGCGAUUAAUGCAGUUAGAUAUCAAAUUAGUAAAUUGGAGAAAUAGAAAUGCUUAAACAGAAAGUGAAAUUGUUAUAAAAUGAAAAUGAAAGAUUACGAAAUUAAUUAGAUUAAGCAAAUUAGAAAAUCAAAUAAUUCUAGAAUAUAGAACAUGGAUAGAUAAAUUAGAGUAUAUUCAAGACAACCAUGUUCGAAUUAGUAGUAUUGUAAAAAGUUGUUGAAUAAUUGCAAUAGAUGAAAUUGGCAUUCUUAAAAUAAUAGCAAUAAAAUGAGUAGAAUAAGCUAUCCCAAAAAGAAUUGGAGAGAUAUAAUUAAGAAGGAACUCUAAUAGUUAUUAGUGAGUUGAGAAGCAAACUAUCAAUUGAGAAAUUGGAUAUUGAAAAGGAGAGUUCUAAUUAUGAGGAUAAGAGAUAAUAAUUUGAACAAGGAGGAAGAUGCGAAGCAAGAAGGAAGGCAGAAACAUCGGAUCCAAGUGAUUUUAGAUAAUAGAACAGUUCUAUAAGCUUUAUUUAAUCGAAAGGGUGUGGAAGUAAUGCUUAUAGGAGUGGGAAGUGA